AUGUCCCGAGCACUUGCCCCAUCGACCCUCUCGAUCAUCCAGGCCACCUCGCCGUGGUUAAAAGAACACGCGGAGGAGGUGACGCGCUGUUUCUACAAGCGCAUGUUCGACGCGAACCCUGAAGUCCGCCCCAUGUUUAACCCGAGCCAUCAGGCGACAGGACGUCAACAACGCGCGUUGGCUGGAGCCAUCCUCGCUUACGCGGCGCAUAUCGCCGAACUCUCUGUGCUCGGGGAUGCGGUCGAGCUGAUCGCAUACAAGCACGCGUCACUCGGGGUGCAGGAGGAGCACUAUCCGAUCGUCGGCGAGCAUCUCCUCGCCGCGAUAGACGAGGUGCUGGGGGAGUCGUCCUCGCAAGAGAUUCUCGACGCCUGGGGUCAAGCGUACAACCUCCUGGCGGGGAUUUUGAUCGAGCGAGAGGGCUCGAUCUAUGAGGAGCACGAGGUUCGCCACGGCUGGCGAGGAUUUCGGGAGUUUCGCGUCACGCGUCGCGUCGAAGAGAGCGCCAACAUCACAUCGUUUCACCUGCGGCCCGUCGAGGGCGAUGGGCUCGCGGCGCACCUCCCUGGCCAAUACAUCACGCUGAAGGCUCCUGCUCAUGUGACGGGCGGUCAAACGACGAUGCGAAAUUACAGCCUCUCACAGGCACCCGGCGCGCCAUUCUAUCGCAUCAGCGUCAAGCGGGAGCGCCUCCCGGCGAAGCCAGAUGGCGUCGUCUCGAAUUGGCUGCACGAUCAUAUCGGCGACGACCACAUCCUCGAGGUUGGACCACCGUGCGGGGAGUUUGUGCUCGAUGCAGCGAGCGAGGCUUCUGGCCCGCUGGUCUUUUUGAGCGGCGGGGUCGGCAUCACCCCUGUCCUCUCGAUGCUCCACGCUGUCGCCACGCACGCAAAGCAUCGCGAGGUGCACUUCAUUCACGCUACCCACAAUGGCAACACACACGCCUUUGGCGAUGAGGUGAAUCGAUUGGCGGCGAGCCAUGGUCGCGUGAAGACGCACAUCUUCUAUGAGGAGCCCACAGACGAGGACCGAGAGCUCGGACGCUUCGAUACCGAGGGGCGCGUGGACAGGGCUUUUUUGGAAACACACUUGCGUGAUGUCUCUGGAGAGUUCUACCUCUGUGGUCCGCGCGGCUUUAUGGCCACCGUACGAGAGGCGCUGCUCGACCUGGGAGCAGACGAGACGCGACUUCACCUCGAGGCGUUCGGGCCGCUCGAGUCAUUGUGA